AAUUAUACUAAAAAUGUCUCAUCCGUUUGAAAGAUUUAAGAAAAUAAUUAAUGUUGGCAACAAAGAAUACACUUUUUUUGAUUUACCCAAGUUUGGUGCUGAAUAUGAUCAACUGCCAUUUUCAAUCAGAGUACUUUUGGAAUCUGCUGUUAGAAAUUGUGAUAAUUUCCAGGUUACUGAAAGUGAUGUACAAAAUAUAUUGAAAUGGAAAACUAAUCAAAUAAUCGAAGGAGGUGUUGAAGUUGCAUUUAAACCUGCUAGAGUUAUUUUACAAGAUUUUACUGGAGUACCAGCUGUGGUAGAUUUUGCUGCUAUGAGAGAUGCUGUUAAGAAUUUAGGUGGGGAUCCUAACAAAAUUAAUCCGGUGUGUCCUUCUGACUUAGUAAUUGAUCACUCUAUCCAAGCAGAUUUUGUCAGAGAAGCUGAUGCACAACAGAAAAAUGAAAAUCUUGAAUUUGAACGUAAUAAAGAAAGAUUCACCUUUUUAAAAUGGGGAGCUAAAGCCUUUAAGAACAUGUUGAUUGUACCGCCAGGUUCUGGUAUUGUACAUCAAGUGAACUUAGAAUAUUUAGCCCGUGUCGUCUUCACUGAUAGAGAUACAUUAUACCCAGAUUCUUUAGUUGGCACAGAUUCUCACACAACAAUGAUCAAUGGUUUAGGAGUUUUAGGAUGGGGUGUUGGAGGCAUAGAAGCUGAGGCAGUUAUGUUAGGACAAGCAAUAUCAAUGUUGCUUCCUCAAGUUCUUGGUUACCAGUUAACAGGUACUUUAAAUCAAUUUGCAACAUCAACUGAUUUGGUUUUAACAAUUACCAAGCACUUAAGACAAAUUGGUGUAGUUGGGAAGUUUGUUGAAUUUUUUGGACCUGGAGUUACUCAAUUAUCUAUUGCUGAUCGAGCGACAAUAAGUAACAUGUGUCCUGAAUAUGGUGCAACAGUAGGUUUCUUUCCAGUAGACCAAAAUACACUUUCUUAUCUUCAACAAACAAAUCGAAGCAGUGAAAAAAUAGCUGCUGUUAAAGCAUAUCUAGAAGCUUCCAAAAUGCUAAGAAAUUAUGAUGAUCCAUCUCAAGAUCCAGUGUUCAGUCAAAUCACUACUUUGGAUCUAGGAGAAGUGGUACCAUCCAUCAGUGGGCCUAAGAGACCACAUGAUCGUGUGUCUGUUUCUGAAGCUCAAAAAGAUUUUAAAAGUUGCCUCACAAAUAAGAUUGGAUUUAAAGGAUUUAAUAUUAGUCCUGACAAAUUGAAUGCCAGUUGUGAAUUCGAAUUCAAUAAUCAAAAAUAUACAUUAAGACAUGGAUCUGUUGUCAUUGCUGCCAUUACUUCGUGUACAAAUACAAGCAAUCCUAGUGUAAUGCUUGGAGCUGGUCUUUUGGCUAAAAAUGCUGUAGAAGCCGGCUUGUCUGUGGCGCCAUAUAUCAAAACUAGUCUUUCGCCUGGCUCAGGAGUAGUCACUUAUUAUUUGCGAGAAAGUGGAGUUACCCCAGCCUUGACAGCACUUGGUUUUGACACCGUUGGAUUCGGUUGUAUGACAUGUAUCGGAAAUUCUGGACCUUUGCCUGAACCCGUCGUAAACGCUAUUGAGUCGAAUGAAUUAGUUUGUUGUGGAGUUUUAUCCGGUAACCGGAACUUCGAAGGCCGCAUCCAUCCAAAUACCCGUGCCAACUAUUUGGCUUCACCGUUGUUAGUUAUUGCGUACGCAAUCGCCGGACGUAUGGACAUCGACUUUGAAACUGAACCUAUAGGUAAUGAUAAAAAUGGUAAACCAGUGUUUUUGAAAAAUAUUUGGCCAUCUAGAUCACUUAUCCAAACUGUUGAAAAACAAACUGUAAUUCCUGCAAUGUUCCAAGAUGUCUAUGCUCGCAUUGAAAAUGGUUCUAAUGCUUGGCAAUGUUUACAAGCUCCAGAUGGCCAAUUAUACCCAUGGGAUGUAUCAUCUACUUACAUAAAAAAUCCUCCAUUUUUCAAUGGCAUGACAAAAACAUUACCUGGUGUUCAAUCAGUGAAAGGGGCACAUGUAUUACUGUUUCUUGGUGAUUCUGUAACUACUGAUCACAUUAGUCCUGCUGGUAGUAUUGCAAGAAACAGUUCUGCAGCUCGUUAUUUAGCUUCAAGAAAUAUUACUCCUAAAGACUUCAAUUCUUAUGGCUCAAGACGUGGAAAUGAUGAUAUUAUGGCUAGAGGGACGUUUGCUAACAUAAGAUUAGUAAAUAAAUUGGUGAAGAACACUGGACCAAAAACAUUGCAUAUUCCUAGCGGACAAGAGUUGGAUGUCUUUGACGCGGCUCAAAUGUAUGCUAAAGAUGGAAGACCGCUCAUUGCUAUUGUUGGUAAAGAUUAUGGAUCAGGUUCAUCAAGAGAUUGGGCAGCAAAGGGACCGUUUUUAUUGGGAAUUAAAGCUGUGAUUGCUGAGUCUUAUGAACGUAUUCAUCGAUCCAACUUGGUUGGUAUGGGAAUAAUUCCAUUGCAAUUCCGUUUUGGAGAAAACGCUGAAACAUUAAAACUUACUGGUCAUGAAAUAUAUGAUAUAGACAUUCCACAAGACUGCAAACCAUUACAAGAAAUCCAAGUGAAAACCAACACGGGUGUCACAUUCAAUGCCAUUUUGCGUUUUGAUACUGAAGUGGAUAUAUUAUACCAUAAACAUGGAGGAAUUUUGAACUAUAUGAUAAGAAAAAUGCUAGAUUAAAUUAUUGAUUCACAAAUACAAAGAUCCAUGACCAUAA